AAAAGGAAGAAAAGGAGGAAGAAGGUGAUCGGGAAAGAGAGAUCAUGUCAGGGCGGCCCAGAACCACCUCCUUUGCGGAGAGCUGCAAACCAGUGCAGCAGCCUUCAGCUUUUGGCAGCAUGAAAGUUAGCAGAGAUAAGGAUGGCAGCAAGGUGACAACAGUGGUGGCAACUCCUGGACAAGGUCCAGACAGGCCACAGGAAGUCAGUUAUACAGACACUAAGGUGAUUGGGAAUGGGUCGUUUGGUGUUGUCUAUCAAGCCAAACUUUGUGAUUCAGGAGAACUAGUUGCCAUCAAAAAAGUACUACAAGACAAAAGAUUUAAGAACAGAGAGCUCCAGAUCAUGAGAAAGCUAGAUCACUGUAACAUAGUCCGAUUGCGUUAUUUCUUCUACUCCAGUGGAGAGAAGAAAGAUGAAGUAUAUCUUAAUCUGGUGCUGGACUACGUUCCUGAAACAGUAUACAGAGUUGCCAGACAUUAUAGUCGGGCCAAACAGACGCUCCCUUUGAUCUAUGUUAAGUUGUACAUGUAUCAACUGUUUCGAAGUUUAGCCUAUAUCCAUUCCUUUGGAAUCUGUCAUCGGGAUAUUAAACCACAGAACCUCUUGCUUGAUCCUGAUACGGCUGUCCUAAAACUUUGUGACUUUGGAAGUGCAAAGCAGCUGGUUCGAGGAGAGCCCAAUGUUUCCUAUAUCUGCUCUCGCUACUAUAGAGCACCAGAGUUGAUCUUUGGAGCAACUGAUUACACCUCUAGCAUAGAUGUAUGGUCUGCAGGAUGUGUAUUGGCUGAGCUGUUGCUAGGACAACCAAUCUUUCCAGGAGACAGUGGUGUGGAUCAGUUGGUGGAAAUAAUCAAGGUCCUGGGAACGCCAACACGAGAGCAAAUUCGAGAAAUGAAUCCAAACUACACUGAAUUCAAAUUUCCUCAGAUUAAGGCACAUCCUUGGACUAAGGACUCGUCAGGAACAGGACAUUUCACCUCAGGAGUUCGGGUCUUCCGACCCCGAACUCCACCUGAGGCAAUUGCAUUAUGUAGCCGUCUGCUGGAAUAUACCCCGACUGCCCGAUUGACACCCUUGGAAGCUUGUGCACAUUCUUUUUUUGAUGAAUUACGGGACCCAAAUGUCAAAUUACCAAAUGGGCGAGAUACACCUGCACUCUUCAAUUUCACCACUCAAGAACUGUCAAGUAAUCCACCUCUGGCUACAAUCCUUAUCCCUCCCCAUGCUCGGAUUCAAGCAGCUGCUUCAACCCCUACAAAUGCUACAGCAGCUUCAGAUGCUAAUGCAGGAGACCGAGGACAGACCAAUAAUGCAGCGUCAGCUUCAGCCUCCAACUCCACCUGAACCAGCACCAGGCAGCAGCUGUGCAGGAAAACUCGCCGGCCACUUGGGUUUCACUCAGCAACACUGGUCACGUUGGGAAAGAAAAUUAAAGAGAAAAAAAAAACCUUGUUCAUUUUAGUGUUCAAUUUUUUUAUUAUUGUUGUUCUUAUUUAACCUUGUAAAAUAUCUAUAAAUACAAACCAGUUUCAUUGUAUUCUCACUUUGAGGGAUUUCCAGGGGGUUGGGGGGGUUGUGGGGAGGGGACAAGCGGAGUAAUAGAACACGACAUGACUCCCUCGACAAUCUUUUUUAUGGAAGUCUGCUGUUAUGUAUUCUAAAAGCAGGACUCUUGCCUCGUGCCCCCUUCCACAAAAGAAGAAAACUGUUCUGUGUUGAAGUUUUGGGGAACUUUCUUUUCUUUUUUUCAGUCAGUGUCAGACAUUGGUAUAGUGCACAGCUUGAAUUUGGUUGGGAGCUUAGCAGGUGUAAUUCAUUGGGGGCUUCAGUGUUGCUUGUAAAAUUAAUCCAUAUCCUAGGGUAUUUGAAGAAUUGCCUUUGGCAUGUUGGGGUGGGUGUGACAGACAAUAUGAAAUGUGUCACAUCCGUCACCAGGGGAGGCAAUCAAGUUUCCAAUUGGAGCUACACAUGGAAAUGUUUUCAGGGGGUUUGCUUAUUUUUUUUAUUUUGCUCUUACAUCAGGGUGAGAGAAACCUACAGUGUCACACAUGAUAGAAAGCUGUCGGAUGAGAAGCAAGCCAGAGCUUAGCUCGAUUAGCCCUGCAAGAGGAUGCUUGUUUGGCUGACCGAAGGCUCUGCCAAACCUCAGCCUCCCUUUCAAGUAGUGAUCUGGAAAGGCAAAGAAAAAAAAAGUUAGGCGAGCAGCUCUGGUCUGCAGAAGAGAGAAGCAGAUGACAAACUGUGUCCUAUGGGAAGGGGACAGCGUAGGGGCUCUUUGGCAAAUGGCCACUGUGAAUAUAUUUUUCCAGGUUUUGCUCUGAAAUUGCUUCCCUUGAAAAGAUACACCUUGAGAGGACACUAUAGUUUAUAAUGUGAACUGUAACAGUCUACUGGUUUAUUUUUCAUAAUUUUUUAUUGAAAGUUGAGCUUGCAAAUUGCCACAUUCUAUACAUAGUUCUAAUUUUAAAUCCAAAUCUAGAAUCUAUAUUUAAUUUCAUCCUUUUUUAACCUCAUGCUUUUUUAUUUUAUUUAUUGAUGCAUGUCAGAUAUGCCAUUAUGAUAUUAAAAUGGUAAAAAUAUUAAUAAACUAGGCAUCAAAAUUAUAUAAAAAGUACUUGUACCUGCUGACUUAUAGGAAAGCUGAUUAUAUAAAUGUGUGUGUAUAUAUAUUAUAUAUAUACAUGUAUACAUAUAUUCAAUACUGCUUUUUUAUUUUUUGUCUACAAUAUCAAAAUUGUCUGAUUGGAGCAUGAGAAGAAUGCUUUUUUUUUUCCAGUUAAGUAUCUUGUUCUGUUUUCUUUCUGUAUCAGUGAAUGAUGUCAGAAUCAAAGUCUCUGUUUUUGAAGUAAAAGCAAUAUUCCUUGGAAAGCCAGGAGGGUGGAUGGAUUCUAUUUGCAAUGUAGAAGUAGUCUUUUCAGAACUGGUCUGUUUUUUACUUGUGAGUUUGGUGUCCAUGUGGGCCUUAUAUACUCACUAAAAUGAACCUUAGUCACCUUGGUGCUUAUGGGCCAUUACUUGACCUGUGACUCUUUAAGGCACAAUCAGUUGUAUUUUACAUUUAAAGAUCAUUUUAAGUGAUGGCCCCUUCCCUCCUGCCUACCCUUCCUCAAACACCUUCCAAGGAUAAACUAGCAACAGCAGGGCUGGCUGCGAAGAUACUGCUAGGAGGCAAAAAGAGCUGAGGCUAGUCUCUCUGAGCAUUCAACUUGCCCUCACCUUCCUCGUUGCUACAGUAAGUCACGUGAGGAUUUUGAAAGUCACUUUCUAACCCAUUUGGAAGAUUCAACUCUUAGUAGUCCUGGAAAUGGGCACCGGCAUCUCCGCUGCCCUCCUGUUUGAUAAAUAGGGUGCCUGAGAGGUGGCUGCUUCCUGCUGAGAUGAACUAAUAUCCGGAAAGAAAACUGAGCCAUCUUAGUUUUCACAUGCUUAGUGAUGCUCUUUGGGAUAUUUGAAAGCUCUCUGGGUAUGCCGUAGCACGAGAAAGAAAAACACACACACACACACACACACACACACACACAUAUACACAUAUACAUACACACACACACACACACACACACAAACCCUCACUCAAAUUUCAGUUUUGAUUAUCAAUUCGAAUCUGAAAGAAGUCUGAAUUAAUGAAACUUGCCAGCAAAAUCCCAUAAAGGGAACUAGGGCUUUGAUGAUGUUUCCCCAGGAAUUUCUAGAAGAUUUAAAAGGCAGGUUAGUGACUAAUAAUGGAUGUGCUUUAAGACAAUGCCCAGCCACAGAUUUAGAGAUAGACAUUACUCUGGAUUUGGAUAGUAUUUUCCGAAGUCCAUAAAAUCACUGCUUAUAUCAGGAAACACUUUGUGUCUUUUUUUUCCCUAAGGAUGGGAGGAGGAGGAAGAGGAGAGAGGGAAAUGUAAGCGCUUUUCUCUCAUUUUUAUUUUAUUUUGUGUGUGUGAGGGCUGAGGUCCGAUGAUUUUACUUUCUCAAGGAUCAUGACAGGAUCACAGAACUCUUUUAUACAAGUGAGAUCCAGGUCUCUGAAUAUCUUUUUGUAAAUAAUAAUAAUAAUAAUAAAAAGCUCCUCACCAAAUUCAAGCUUGUACAUUAUAUUUUCUUUUGAUGUUUUUAAAUUUAAGUUUUAUUGUUUUGUAUGUAAAUAUGUGGACCCAGGAACUGUUAUUAAUGAGCAAAAAGUUACUGUUCAGGGCAGUGAUUCUGUUUAAUAAUCAGACAAAAUGUAGACGAGCUUUUUAAAGCCAUAUAGUUUUAACUCUGUACAGUAGGUACCGGCCUGUAUUAUUGUAACAAUAACUCUAGCAAUGUAUAGUGUAUCUAUAUAGUUUGGAGUGCCUUCGCUUCCAUGGUUCGUUUUUGGUUUUGUUUUUGGUUUCGUUUUGUUUUAUAAUUUUGUUUCCCUUUUCUGUGGCCCCAUUCCCACUUUUAAAUAAUGUCUCAAAGCAGCAUUUAGCUCUCCCCACAGCUGUUAUGAGUGCUGUUAAGGUUUCAGUGAUACCAUGCUUAGUAGUGGAAAGAGAGGAAACCAUGUUUAUAACUCCUUUAAUCACACCCUGACUUUGUUUUGGCUCUGAAUGUUGGUUUCCUCCCCAGUAGCAGUGACCGGUUUCAUUAUUUCACUCAUCACCCACCUAGCACCAAGUUGCCCUAAAGCUGGGGCAGGGAUCAGCUAGACUAGAUUUUGCUCGUCUUUCCCCAAGCCCUACAUCCAGGGGUCUUGUGAACAGCAGAUUCUGGGAGCCUUCCUUUGGGUUCAUUUUCUCCCUCUCUACCUGCCUGCCUUCCUUCCUUCCCUCCCUCCCCUCCCUUCCCCCUGAGAGAGAGAAUUUGAUUUUAUGAGUCAAAAAUAUCCGUAUAGGACCACAGCUUGACAAAUAAUGGUUCAAAGUGUCACGUUGUAAUUACUGGUGGCUUCAGUAUGGAGGACCAUUCCAGUUAAAAUACUGUUGUUUUAACAAGAACUCUUAGCUUGCUCCCUUCUUCUUGCCACUCUCACCCCUUCUAAUAAAAUGCCAUUUAUAAAUUCCUAAUUGAAAUCAGUUUAAUUUUUAUUAUGUGCCCAGCACAAAGGCUUUUUUUAAGCAAAGAAAAAAUCACAAUCAUUUAUGUUUUGCCUCCAAGUAUUCCACAUACAAUGUCUUGAAGAGAAGAAAAAAAAAACUUUACCAAACCAAAGGUUGCUAUUUUUGACACAUCUUGUUGUUCAUUCCAACAAGGCAAAAGACGGCACCUUUUUUUUCUGGUGACGUGACAGUGAUGUAAUUUGUUUUGUUUUGUUUUGUUUUGUUAACAGUCCACUCGAUCUUUUAAAAAUAUUUUUGGUUGUUUUUAGCAAAGCAUGGCUGACCAGUCAUUUUGUCUGCACUAAUGCAAAGGUUUCUGAGAGAACUAUAUUCUCUGACCCUGUGGAUAUCAAGACACUGGUAUUUUGAUGUUUAAAAUUUCUCGCCAUUUCCUUUUGAAGACUCUUAACUUGGGACAUUCUUUAGAAAAAAAGAAAAAAAAAGCAAAGUUUGGCCAACACUAGAUCCCCAACAGUUCACCUUUGUUUAAAAAAAAAAAUUGCAUUGUGUUCCUACAGUUCAAGAUUAGCAAAGUUCUAAAUCUUCAUGGAGUCAAACCUUUUUUUUUUCCCUUCCACAAAAGCCACACAUCCUUUACCAGUAUUUGAGUCUUUUUCUGGUAGAAACCUGAGCCAUUGAAAGUAAAACAGACAACUUAGAAGCACAGUCAAGUGACCAGACCAGGGUCUGCCUUUCUGAAGUUCUGAAAAGUAAUCCCUGAAGUUUGGAUUAUUUUCACAGGGGUUAUGCCCAACUUUAUUCAAGUUUGUUGCUCCAUUUUGCACCUCUGCAAUAAAAGCAAAAUGACAAACCAUGCAUAAGGGGUUAGCUCGAGAAGUAGCUUCCUUGUGUUAACUCAUCCUAAACGUUUUUAUAUAUCUGUCUACAGGGAGAUGCAGAUAGAUGUAUGAAAAUGUGCUUGCCUGUAAAAUUUGCAUUUAUCAAUGUGUUGCCGAUGGAUCACUUGGGCCUGUACACACACCAAUUAGCGUGACCACUUCCAUAUUAGAAACAGAAAUCUAAAUAUAUAUAAAUAUAUAUAUAUAUAUAUAAAGGACUGUGGGUUGUAUACAAACUAUUGCAAACACUUGUGCAAAUCUGUCUUGAUUUAAAGGAAAAGCAAAACCUGUAUAACAUUAUUACUACUUGAAUGCCUCUGUGACUGAAUUUUUUUUCAUUUAAAUAUAUACUUUUUUGUGGACAGUAUGCUUAAUGUUUUUUUUUUCCUUCCCCCAUUCCCUUGUAAAUACAUUUUGUUCUGUGUGACUCAGUUUGGAAAUAGUUAACUGGUACUGUAAUUUGCAUUAAAUAAAAAGUAGGUUAGCCUGGAAAUGAAAUUCAAA